CGAAUUGUCACAAAUGUCAAUGACAAAUAACCUCAAUUUCAUUUUCUCAAAACAAAAAAAAACUUUUUUGUCAAAUGUUUUGAAUUUAAUGUAAAACAUCGUGAAAAAGUUAUUUCUAUACCAAUGGCUGAUGAUGCAGCUUGUUGUGCCUCAACAUCUAGCGAUGAACAGGAGCUAAAGGACAUUCGUCUCUUACUUUGGGGUCCAAAUAUUAAUUUAGAUAUUUUUCGACGAUGGUCACAGGGGUUCGAAUUCAGUCAGGAUGAACCGUCUGCGCUCAUACAGAAAGAAGGCGGACCGUGCGGAGUGAUUGCUCCCGUUCAAGCGUUUUUAUUAAAAAUUUUGUUAAUGGACACACCUGGACAUAGUUUUUCGGAUCUUACCACCGACAAAUGUAAAACAUUGCUCGUGCAAGCAUUCUGUAACAUUCUUCAGAAGUGCAAAGAAGACAAAUUUCGUAUUGUUACGUUGCCAGAUCCGGAGGUGGGAAAAGAAGUGUUGGAAGAGGACGCAUUGGACGAUUAUGACAAAGAUGUGGGUGCUUCGAGCGAAGAUGCUAAGAUGAAUAGCCUAGUGUCAUUUGAGUGGAGUCCUGAAGAGUUUCACGAGAGGCUUAGUGUAUGUUCGUUAGACAACAUUGACGACGUCGAGAAAUAUUAUGCAAAAAAUUUCGAAACCAUCAGCGGACAAUAUGGCGUGCUACUUUUCAUGUAUACUGUUUUUUUAACGAAGACCGUUGAGAAUAUAAUAUCGGAAUUACUGGACACUUCCGAACCGCUAAUUCACAAUACGUACGGCUAUGCAUCACAAGGCCUUAUUAAUUUGAUGUUAACUGGACAGGCAGUGGCUCAUGUAUGGGAUCACGACAAGGAUGUUGGUGGUUUGAAACUUCGAGGAUUGAGCCAGCAGCCCGAGAUAGGUUUUAUUACUCUAAUGGAACAGAUGCGUUACUGUACGGUCGGAUCGUUCUACAAGAAUCCGAAAAAUCCUGUGUGGAUAAUGGGAUCUGAAACACAUUUGACUGUUCUUUUUAGCAAUGAAAAGCGCUUAGUAUCGGCCGAAACACCAAGCGAAAUUGCUCGUCGGGUGUUUAAAUCUUUUGAUCCAGAAGGAAAUAAUUUCAUUCCAACGCCAGUUUUACAGGACGUUUUGUGUGCACUUGAUUUAGUUAGUGAACAGGGAUACGUUGACAUAAUGAGUAGUAAAUUGGAUCCAGAAUCUCUGGGCAUAAUUCUAAUGAACGCCUUCAUGGAUGAAUUUUUCCCGGAAGAAGCGCGUUCAAUGCCGGACACAUUCAAUAUAAUGCAUUACAAUGGGCUUCCCGGAUCGAAUUUUUCGCAGAAGGUAAAAUACAACAUAGGCUCAGCCAUACUCCUGGAAAGUGAUCUAAAAUCGAUGUGUAGCGUUUCAAAUCCAAUGCUCACAUGUCUUCAAACAAAGUGGCCAAACAUUGAGGUGAACUGGAAUGGCAACCGAAUGCCAUCAUUAAACUGACCAAAAAAAAAAAAAAUUAUUUAAACAAAAACAAUCCUAAUUUAAAAAAGAGAACAGAAAAAGGAAAAAAAAAUCUUUAAAUUAUAAAUUGCGUUAAUUAAUGGAUCAACCAAGAUUAUUCUAAGUUAAUUUUAAGAUUUAUAAUUUCUUGUCGAAACAAAAAACACUUAUUAAUACCAUGUGGCAGUGUGGUUGUAUAACUCUGUGUCAUUGUUGCAUUCGUUUAGCAUAAUAUCCAAAAACAUUUUUGUAUUCUCAAUUGAAGAGUAUGCAACUGAAGUGUUAGACGCUUCUACAGCUUGUCGAUUUGCCGUUAGCAUAAUACAGCAAUCAUUUUACACAAAAAUUGUAACACGUUAAAUUUGAAUUCAAAAAAUUCCACUUCAUCAAUAAAUCCGUCCCCCAAAUUUUGUUUGUUCUUAAGUUGAACUUGAAAGAUAUUUUGCCAACUUAUUUGUAGUUCGACCAUGUACUUGGGACAACUACUGCACAAUGGUUAUGCAGCUUAAAACUAAUGAAGAAAAAUAAAAUUUAGUCAGUUCUAACAGCUUUUUUGAACAAUCGACUGAAAUAGCAACGUUGAGUAAUCAAUAGCGAAUACCAGGUGGAACCUUUUUUUGUAAAAAAUUCCACUUGAUAGCCAUAGCUAUUUCUUUAAAUUUCCUAAUGCUCAAGGUCAUAACCGUUAUAAACAAUAAGGUUGCACCAAGGCCUAUUGUUGGGAAUGUUAAUUCUGAAAAUUCGGAAAUAUUCCGAAUAAUUUUGACAGAAUUCCGAAAAAAUUCUGAAUUUUUUUGUUUCGUAAUUUUCUGGAACUUUCUCCGAAUUAUUCGGAAUUCUUCCGAAUUUUCGUAAUUAAAAUUCCCAGUCAUAGGCCCCGGGUACAAUUAAAUUUCUUAGGCCGAAAACACACGAGAGCUAUUUUGCGUUGCUAUGAUCGACAAUUUCCAUUGGUAAACGUAUGCCAUAAAUCGGAUUACAAUGGAAACCGCAUCAUAAUUGGCAAUCUCAGCAACGCAAAAUUACUCGUGUGGUUUCCGCCCUGAUCUGUGAGCGAUUUGUAUUUUUCGCUGAAAUUUAUCAUCGUAUCAACCAAUAGAAACAUUUUUAGCGCAGCUCAAAACGUAGGGUCAUUUUGACUGUCGCCACCUGUACAGAUUAAUCAUUUUAUCCAUUUUCUUUCUAAAAUUGGAUCGUUCAAGUUCAACAUUAUAGCUGUAUAGAAACAUAUCGAUGUUAGUUAAAACAAUCAUCCACCCACACCCUUUCAAUUAAACAGAAUGUUAAAUGUUCCCGUUCCGAUUAUAAUUGUAAUCUUAAUUUCAGCUACACUUUCCAAUAAUCACCAAUCCCCUCUACCCCUCCAUAUAGACUCAAUAAUAGAACAAAUAAAUAACACGUUUCAAUGAGAGCAUGCUUUUUUAUAUGAUUACUAAUUUAACUUUUUAUUUUAGAAUGAAGAAACUACCCAAUAAAAAGAAAACAUUACAACAA